AUGUCUUCGUCUGAGAGUGGACUGUCUGACACUGUUGGCCCCAUGGCUAUUGUCUCUGACGAUGGGAUUAUCCCUGAGCUAGAGAUCUUUACCUCCGAUACCGAGAGUGACCCGGAGAUGAUGUCCGACGACGACGAUGAUUUCCAGCCUUUUGCGCUGCCCGACUUUGGCGAUGAUGUACCGCAUGCUGAUGGGCCAUCUCAUCCACAUCCCGAUGGUGAGCAUGUCGUGGCUCCGAUCCCCGUCCCUUUGCCUCUUGCUGCUUUUCCUUUUGAGGAUUUACCUUUUGAUGACUUGUUCGAUGAUGAUGUCGAUCUUUUUGAUGGUCCCGCUGAUGGUGCCCAGGGAGAUGGAGUUGUAGCUGAGGAUGCCAUUGUUGUUCCACUCGUUGAGAUUCCUAUUAUUGAUAUUUCUUCUGAUCAUUCUGUCCCCGAUUCUUUCGAGUCUGUAUCCUCUUCCGCCUUACAGGAAGUACCAGCUCCCGAGCCGGUGCCAUCUCCUGAGCCUUUGCCUGAUUUUGACCCUGUUCCCUUUGGUACACCUGACAUUGCACCACUUAUACCAGAUCCGGUUCCUACACCCACUGACCCUAUUGCUUUUGCCAGUCAGACAGACCCCCGAUACGCUUUCAAUAGCAAUGGGUGGAUAGAUGAUGAUGAUGAUGAUGUACCUCUCUCGAUCCAUGAUUCUGCCAGUCAGGUAGACCCCCGUUACCCUGACCCUCCUGUUAUCGAGCCCGUUACUCCCCCACAUGCUCCUGCACUUUUUGACGUUGCUUCUUUUCAUCCGGUUGAGUCAGAUGUACACCGCACUGACUUACCUAUCACUUACUUGCAGGACAUACCUGCACCCCGUCCAGGGGAAGGCCCGUCUAGCCAGCAGCCUGGCUACGACCCUCGUGUCUCAGCAGCUUUUCCUCACAUGCCUCAGUAUACACCUACUGCUCAUUUUACUUCUUCACCACUGGAUGAGCCAUUUAGGUGGUUCCCACCCUAUACCAUGCCGACUUCUGAUCCCUAUAAUCCCUCACACUUUAGUGGCUACACACGGGAUGAGUUACUUCUGUCAUUACAGCUUCAGUAUGAGAUCAUGAGUCGUAGAGUUUUGGAGCUUGAGAUGAUUCCACGUCCCCCACCUUGUUCAUGUCCGUCACCUUUUGCGACUCCACCUUCUCCUAUUUUGCCUUAUCCAGAUUUUGAUAUUCGAUUUCUCACUAUGGAGCAGCAUAUCAGUUAUCUGUUGCGGCGCGUUUACGAUCUUGAGGAGGAGCUUGCGCAUGUGCGCAGCUUGCUUUUUGUUCCUCCACCUCCUCCUCCACCCCCAUCAGCAUAA